AUGCCAGAACCAAACACUAACCAGAUGAUGUAUGUUUCUUCCGAUGUACUCGAACUAAUUCUCCUCAGGCUUCCACCGAAAUCUCUAGGAAGAUUCAAAACCGUGUCAAAACAAUGGAGAUCGUUACUGGAAUCAAACUGGUUCUUAGAGAUGCAUCUCAGUUUUCAAAAAUCCGGCAAAACCCGCCGGAAAAUCCUCGCCGCUGAUCACUGCAACUGCGGCAACCCGCCGACUCUCCGCCCGAGGGUAAGCUUCAAAGGAGGGGAAGCGUUUGUCUAUUUGCACUGCGACGCAACACUACCGUCCAUGAGUUGCGACGGUUUGAUCUGCAUCCCUGAACCGGGUUGGAUCAACGUUUUGAAUCCCGUAACCGGAAAACGACUCCGUUUUGCCUCCGGCCCUGGUCAUGUAUUCACCCUGUUGAAACGUCGGAAUAGCUACCCUUUCACCAAUGAUGGAGUGUUUACGGUUUAUUUUCCGGGCUACUGGGCGAUGGGGUUCGGCAAGGACAAAGUGAAUGGAAGGUAUAAAGUAGUGAGGAUGUUGUUUGACUCUAACCGUUACGAGGUUCUUGAUGUGAACAUAGGUGAAUGGCGUAAACUGAGUCCACCUCCUUACGAGGUGGAAGCUGGAAGAAGAUCUGCUUAUGUCAAUGGUUCUAUCUAUUGGUCUGACAUCUUGAGAGGUUGUAGGUUACUCUCCUUGGAUCUUCACACAGAAGAGUUCCAUCCUGUCCCACUUCCAACAGAUAUUAGAUUCACUGUGGACACUCAGAUUGUUAACCUUGAGGAUCAUCUAGCUUUAGCCACAACACUACGGAAUGGUGAUGUUGAAUUGGAGCUAGAGAUAUGGAUCAUGGAUGAUGAUGAUGAUAGUGCAUGGAGCAAGACUUACUCCAUUAGUUUAGCUUGUCUAGAUACCAUGCAAUUUCGGCAAAGUGCGUUCAAGCCGGUGAUGGUUUCUAAGCAAGGUGGUGAUGUCUUGUUCCGUGACAAUAGGCAAAGUGUGUUCAGAUAUCGUCAGCUUACAGAUACCGUCACUCAGAUCUGCUCAUGUACUGACAUUAUAUCUCCUUAUCUCGAAAACAUGGUUCGGUUUGAGAAUGAACAAGUCGAGCCAAGGACUCGAGUUAGAUGCACCUUUAAUAUUUGGGCUGAUUUUCCUCAGGGUGUACCAUCUUCUCAACCAAGAGUUGAUAUGUUUCACUGUAAGGAAAUAUUUAGGUGUUUGGCUGGGGAGGAUAAGACUGAGAAGGUUUGUUUUGUCUGCUCUUUUGCUGUGUAACUUGUUUAGUAGUGAUGAUACGUUAUCCUGUGCGGGUAGACCAAUAUUUCUCCAUUGGUUAGAUUGUUUUGGUGUUCGGGAAGAUUUCAUCAAGGUGCUGGUCUCAGUUUUGCUCUGGAAGUUCUUUUUUGCAAAUACCAUUCUCGACUGUUGAAAUUUGAUAAACAGUGAUGGCUUCUGCGUUCAGUUCUUAUCCUUGUGGCAGUAGCAGCGUUGCAUUGACUUGUGGCAGGAUUUAUUAACCUCUUACCUUAUUUUUAUUUAUCUUCCAGAGUUAUGUUUUAUCCUUGUCUUGAUAACUAUGUAAUCUAUUUUCUUCGGAUUUCAACAUUUCCUGUUACAUCUAUGUUUGAUAUUUUUGUCUCUUAAAAGAUGAAAAUGUGUUACUCACA